AUGGACAUUAUCAGGCGCCGAACCUUCGAUCAUGCCAGCGAGCCAUGGGAAGGUUUGAACACACCUCUUCAAUAUGAUCUCGUUCAAGUCAUCGAAAACUGGGGGAAGAUUGCUCAUCCAGAUCAUGAUGGUCACGCAACAACAUGUCCUGUAUCUUUCACGCCAGAAGAAGCACAGCGCAUAGAUGCGCUAGAUGACCUACACGGCGAUGCAGAUGGCGAUAUGGAGGCAAUUAACGACCUUCUUGGCAUAGGCCCUGACGGAUGGACAUCGAACGAGCAUAUUCAGACCGCAAAAAAGAAAGCAUCUGAGAUCCAGGAACAAGCUCUUGCUUCGGCAGAUGAUGACCCGUGGUUGAGGGAGAUGUCUGAGCGGCAUUGGCCUUUCGACGACUUUGAUGAAGAUGAGUGA